AUGUACGUCGCUAAUCCUGAUGGUUGCUUUAAUGAACAGAAAUCUACGAUGAGUCAUUACUGGAGUCUAAAAACGGGUUUCCCGUGCUAUCGACGUGGGGUAAUCCCUGUGAUAUUAUUGCAGCCGUUGGCGUGCGUAUUCGCCCAGGCUGCACUAAUCACAGUCUCUGCGAUCAACAGUUUGUCUGACUCAUUCCUGCCGCUAGCCGUCUACAUCGAUUGGGGCUGUAGCUACCAUGUAGCUGCCAACAUUUUUCUAACUAGCUUCGCUUGGGUUUUGGGAAUUUCUCAUGCUUGGUUAAUGAUCACUGCAUAUUCUGCAAUAUCAUGCAAAGACUAUCUUAUGGCUCUGAUGAGUGAGAAGAAAGAAGUAGUUAUUGAACAACCAAAGGACUUUCAAAGAAAUCUCGAAGUGAAGCCAUCACAGCAGCCUCAAGUCACCAUAGUUAGCCGACCAGAAAUGGAAGGCGAGGGACGGAAAGUCAAUAUAUUACCUUGA